GGAAGAAAUAUGAGUCCACCCAGUCCAGCUGAGCGAUAUCCAUCGCGUUUCAGAUCGAGUUCUCCGCCAUCCUCGUCUGACUACCCCAUGUCCGUGCGAGAUCCAGCUCCCCGACGACCUCGUCCUGCACAGCUCUACUAUUCACGCCCAUUACGAUCUGGUUACUCAUACCCUCCACAGCAGUACGCUCGAAGCCCGUAUUCCGAUGACAGUGUUACGAACUCGACACCACCUGAAAUUAGUGAAGACGAUGAAGCAAUGCCGAAUUCAGUGAGACAGCGUCGGUUACCGGUAAUUGGCUCGAUGCCUCCCGUUAGUGGAGGUGAUUUGAGGCCUGCCCCUUACGCUCAGCCUCCAUAUGCAGGUAAUUCAGACUUUCAGAGUUUGAGUCAUGACCAAAGCCAAUUCGCUUCACCCCCAUACCGUCCGCCAUCUGUUAUAUCACCAGUGCGACCACAUCACCAAGACUACUACACGCCUAGAGACAACUACUACGAUAUACCAUCGCCAAGUCCGACGUACCAUGGAUACAAUCGUACAUCACCGUCACGAUACCCGUCAGUGGUAUACGCACAUGAUACCGGUCCACGUACCAGAAUAAUUCAAGCUCAAUCCGGUGCCAUACCAUUGAGUGACUCGGAUUCAGAUGACCAAGAACGAUGGGCUGUUGUUUGA